AUGUAUAAUCCAAACAACCCACCCACGUUCAAUUACGUGCCGCAGGAUCCAUCUGUUCACCCAUUGCAGCAGGCACCGAUGCAUGUGCCUAUGGAUCCGGGAUAUCGCAAUGUAACAGUAGUGCCGCCGAUAUGGCCUGGCAACGCGCCAGUGCCGGUGCACAGCCCGUUGCCCGGUAUGCGGCCGUGGCCUGAAAAUCAGCUGAUGUUAGGAGGGAUAGAGCUGCCAAGUCAGGCAUACCGGUCACCCGUGAGCUACAAUACGGCGCCAUUGGUUUCGACCCCUAGUAACCAGGAUAUGUUGAACCUGGAGCAUCUGCGGCCCAAUCUUGGCACCCCUCCCUCAGGGACCAAUGUGCACCAGCUACUGCGGACCCCAUCGCUCAGAUCUCUGGCUAGCGGGAGGGGGUCUGGGCGCGAAGAACCGACAGCGAAGGGUAAAGGCAGAGUCGGGCAUAUGAUGCCGAUAAAUAAGCUGCUGGGUGACUACGAAGGGCCACCAAUCGCCAUGUUUGACGCGCCGCGUAUUGAGAGACCCGAUGACCCAAAACCGUACGUGCCAAUGUUUAAGCAAAUGCGGGUGAUACAGACACCCGGUCUUGGACGUAAAAUCAGUUUGGGUAGGCUUGAAGACGAUGACAGCGACGACAAUUCAACGUCAUUUUUGCAUAUUCCUACGAGCAAAUUGGCAGACUUCGCGAGCAAGACGUUCGGGAACGUGGUUAGGUCGAUUGCGCCUCCAAAGAUCGCAAUUCCGUUGAAUACGAGGCCUCUGGUGCCGCCCGGAGUUAUAGAUUCCCCGCCAAUCAUGAGUGUUGCGCCGAUGCCGCCGCCGUAUCCACCUCCAAUGGGCGUGGUACACCCAACCCCUCUGCUGCCUCCGCCAAGCGCCAUGAUCGGCAUGGCGCCUGCGGUUGUGCCAAUGCCGGAGAUGCACAUGCAGGAGGCGCCUAUCGUUAGCAUGGAUGUGCCGCAGCCUAUGGCUGUGCCGAUAGGAAUCCCUUUUGACCCCAACAACCCUAUGCCGUUCCCCGGGCCGGCCGUCGUGACGCCAGUUGCUCGGCAAAAAAUGCCUGUGCUCUCCAUGCCUUCAAUUGGGACAGCGGAAGGAGUGGCUUCGGCGGAGUUACUGUCGCAAAUGCGUGACCCGGUAGCGUACAUGACCCCUCACACGCCAACGGUACGUGUAAAGAACAAAGGGAAAGGGGCAGGCCCCGUGAGCGCGAAGAGCAACAUGAGCAUGUCUGGGUUGUCAAGCGCAAGUUACCCCGUGCAGUACACGGUAACUCCCGCUAUGGGGAUGCCCAUGCCAAUGGACGGUACCGCCCUUGGCACACCUUCUCCGCCACCUCCUGCAAUUGGAUUCGCUGUUAACGCAACGGUACCAACGCCAAUCGCUACGCCCUACGCCACCCCUGUUGGCAUGGCCAUGCAUGCACCCAUGUCCAUGCCGAGCUGCAUCGCACCGAUGGUCCCCAUCGCUUCGGGGCCUUUGACCAUAUCCUUACAACCGCCGCCGAUGCAAACUCCGAUUGUCGUACCGGACUCAGGCGUUCCUGCUAGUGCGGGCGCCAUAUCGCAUCAACCCGAGGAAUCCAUCCUGGACGAGAUCAAGAAAGAGAAGAACGUCGACCAGGGUGUCGACAGGAAACUGGUUUCGGCGCCGCGCAUCAUCGUCGAAUCCUACCAGAAGCUACUCGAGAAAAAACGCAACCGUUUACGCGAGUGCCUGGUGGAGGACUGCAGGGCCGUGCUCGGGGAGCGAGGCAAAAUCGACAUCCCGUACCAGUCGACAGAAGAGAACGGACGGUACCAUUUCUACGUGAGAGACAUCGUCGCCAAGUUGCUACCGUACCACGUGUUCUACUACGAAGACGUGGAACACAAGCCGAAGCCGCCAUCGAAGGACCUAGAUGUCCUCGAAGAGCGCGUGCAGUCACUCAAGAAUCGUUUGAUGAGCAUGGCAGCGCAGGCGAAGAUCACUCAGCAGAACUACGAGUGCACCAAGGCCUGCGUGGAUGCUCUCAGGAAUGUCGUGCGAAAGAGGGAGGCGACGCAGUGCGGCCGACUCAGCACCAUCUAG